AUUUGUUUCUCAAGACAGUUUAUAAUUCAAAAAACAGUAAAACCAUGUUGCUUGAAAAUCAUCGUAAGAAGCUUUUUUAUUCCGUCCAAGUCCGUACCUGUUUAUGUAGGGCAGCGGGGAAGUGGGGGCGUGGGGCAGCGCGAGAGUGUCUCGGUCCAAAGCGGCCGCCAGUGCAGUGAGCGGCGCGCUGAGAGCCCGGACCGCGCCAUGGCUCUGCGCGCUUUGUUUAUCUUCUCGGCGCUUAUCGCCGGCAGCGCCGCAGUGUACAGUAGGGAGCGUGACCGACUUCGUGCGGACCCCCGCCUUUAUGACCGCUCUUGUGAACUAAGUUCCUGUUAUCCGGCUACCGGCAAUCUGCUAAUUGGCCGUGAAUCAAGGCUCUUCGCAUCCUCCACGUGCGGGGAGCACGGUCGUGAGCGUUACUGCAUCGUAUCGCAUUUGGAACAGAAAAAGUGCUUCUGGUGUGACUCGACCAACAGUACAAUACACAACCCGUAUUUAAAUCAUCGAAUACAAAACAUAAUCUACAAGUACUAUCCGGGGACGCGAACAAAGUCCUGGUGGCAAUCGGAAAGUGGCAAAGAAAAUGUUACGGUUCAACUCAACAUGGAGGCGGAAUUUCAUCUUACGCAUUUGAUAAUUCAGUUUAAAACAUUUCGACCUGCGGCAAUGUUAGUGGAAAGAUCAUUUGAUUUUGGAAAGACUUGGCGAGUGUAUCGGUACUUCGCGCACAACUGUGACGAUUACUUUCCUGGCGUCCCAAAACAUACUCAGCGGUCCCUGACGGAGGUGGUGUGUGAAUCACGUUAUUCUGCUGUAUCGCCAUCUACAGAAGGUGAAGUGAUAUUCCGAGUUUUGCCGCCCAACAUUAAUGUUACAAAUCCAUACUCAGAAGAAGUUCAAAAUUUAUUACGUAUGACUAAUCUACGAAUCAAUUUCACCAAACUUCAUACUCUCGGUGAUGAUAAACUGGACAAUAGAGCAGAAAUUCAAGAGAAGUACUACUAUUCUAUUUACGAAAUGACAGUAAGAGGCUCUUGCUCUUGUUAUGGGCAUGCUUCUCGUUGUUUACCAAUGCCAGGGGUGGAAUCAAAAAACAAUAUGGUGCACGGACGUUGCGAAUGUACACAUAAUACGAGAGGGUUAAAUUGUGAAUACUGCGAAGACUUCUACAAUGACCUACCCUGGCAACCGGCCGUUGGAAAAACGUCAAAUGCUUGCAAGAGAUGUACAUGCAACAAUCAUGCUACAACAUGUCAUUUUGAUCCUGCUGUUUAUAAUAAGACCGGUAAAAUCAGUGGUGGUGUGUGUGAUAAUUGUCAACAUAACACAAUGGGUGUAAAUUGCGAGCGCUGCAAGCCAAAAUUCUUUAAAGACCCUAAUUUGGACAUUCAGAGUCCCGAAAUUUGUAAACCUUGUGAUUGUGAUCCAGACGGCACCACAGACAAGGAAAUACUAUGUGACGAUGAAACCGAUGCUGCUAACAACAAAACUUCAGGUCGUUGUUUAUGCAAGGCGAAUAUAGAUGGAGCUAGGUGUGAUAGAUGCAGAGACGGUUACUGGAACUUUGAUCCACUAAACCCUGAAGGAUGUGAAUCGUGCACUUGUAACAGCUUAGGAACGAUAAAUGAAAGAGGAUGCGACGCAGCAACUGGAAAUUGCUUUUGCAAACGUCACGUUACUGGAAGAAAUUGUGAUCAGUGUUUACCAGAAUUUUACGGACUAUCUGAUAGUGAUGACGGUUGUCAACCUUGUGAUUGCGAUGAAGGUGGUUCUUUAGAUCGGGACUGCGAUGUUAUAACAGGACAAUGUAAAUGUCGACCAAAUGUUAGUGGACGUCGUUGUGACAAACCAAUUCAAAACUUUUUCGUCGGAGCUCUUGAUUCUAUCGUGAUUGAAGGAGAAUCGAGCCAGUGCGAUUCUCAAAUAGAUGAUAAUGCUAUUCAGAGUCAACUUUGCCAUGUUGUUAUUAGGGAAAAUUAUCCAGAUGGCAAGAAAGAAACAUGGACGGGUCCUGGGUUUAUGAAGCUUCCUGAGAGCAGCACUCUUGUUUUCGUUAUAAAUAAUAUAGAAAAAAGCAUGAAUUAUAACGUUUUGAUCAGGUACGAGCCUCAAUCACCUAUAAGCUGGGAAGAAGCUACUAUAUUAGUAAAAAGACCUUCACCUACAGAUUUGGACUCUCCUUGUGCAAAUGUUCGCCCUGAGGAUGAUACUAUUUACACUAAUUUACCAGCUAAUCAACGAAGUGUUUUAGUAACACCGCCAGUGUGUUUGGAAAGGCAUAAGGAAACUGAAAUCAGAAUUUAUCUAGGACGUCAAGAUAGAAGGACACCUAAUUCUAGAGCAUCUAUAUUAAUUGAUUCCAUUGUUCUUAUUCCGUCCUUUGAUGACCUACCAUUUUUGGCUAGUAAUACUUCUAAAAGAGAAGAGUUUGACCGCUUCAAUUGUGGCGAUCCAUACUAUUAUGACCUCAAUAGAGAAAACGUUCCUGAAAUUUGUAAAAAAUAUCAUGCGAGUAUAGGAUUCUAUAUAAGAAACGGUUCACAGUCAUGUCAGUGUGACCCAACCGGUUCAAAGAGCCAUCAAUGCGAUCAAUAUACUGGAUAUUGUCAAUGUGUUGAAAAUAUUGUCGGUGCAAGAUGCGACCGUUGCGCCCCAGGGACAUAUGGUUUCAGCAAAUUUGGAUGCAAGCGCUGUGACUGUAACAGUAUAGGGUCCCUUGACAACUUCUGCGACGCGACUAGUGGUCAAUGUAAAUGUAGAGCAAAUACAUAUGGACGCGCUUGUGACUUGUGUCAACCUGGUUAUUUCAACUUCCCUAACUGUCAGCAAUGUGACUGCAAUGGGCACGCGAUUGAGUGCGACGACAGGACAGGAGCUUGUAGAGAAUGUAGAGAUUUCACUGAAGGCCAUCGUUGUGAGAGAUGUGUUGAAGGAUACUACGGGGAUCCACGCCUUGGUUUUGACAUACCUUGCAGACCUUGCCCAUGUCCUGGAGUAAUAGGUGAUCCGAAUAAAAGCAGUCAUGCUGAUCGCUGUGAAUUAGACCCAGAGAGCAAAGAUGUCGUAUGUGAAUGUAAGGAAGGCUAUGCUGGACCUCUUUGUGAUGUAUGUGCGGAUAAUUAUUAUGGAGACCCUAUAAGAGGAACUUGCGAGCAGUGUGAAUGUAAUGAUAAUAUAGAUAUCACUAAACCUGGAAAUUGCGAUCCAUACACAGGUAAAUGUCUACAAUGCCUUCAUAACACUGCUGGGGAACAUUGUGAAGUGUGCGCUGAAGGAUAUUACGGAAAUGCUUUAGAAAAAGCAUGUUAUCCGUGUAACUGUUCGGUAUUAGGUACAAACUUCACAAUAGGUAACUGCGACCGCAACACUGGCCAGUGUCCCUGUUUCAAGAAUGUCGAAGGUGUCAACUGUGAUCAGUGUACAGAAAAUCAUUGGAGGAUUGCUUUAGGAACAGGUUGCGAUCCAUGUGAAUGUGAUCCUAUUGGAUCAUUGUCCCCUCAGUGUAAUCCAUUUAUCGGUAAAUGUGAGUGCAAACAAGGACAUGGUGGCAGGCAGUGCGAUCAAUGUCAAGAAAAUCAUUGGGGUGAUCCUAAUAUUGAAUGCUACGAAUGCGACUGCGACCUAUAUGGUUCAGUUUCACGUCAGUGUAUGCGUGAGAAUGGUUCUUGUAUUUGUAAACCUGGAAUCGGUGGAUAUAAAUGCGACACAUGUGCUAGAGGUUAUUUAGGUGAAGCUCCUGAAUGCUAUGCUUGUGGUGAAUGCUUUGAUAAUUGGGACCAAUUAAUUAACGAAUUGCGAGUACAAACAGAAUUCGCUAUUGGCAAUGCAAGUAAAAUAAAAGUAGUUGGUGCCACGGGAGCGUACACAAGAGAUUUUGACGAAAUGACAAAAAAACUGACUGAAGUAGAAAACAUACUUGAUAGUGCGAAGCAAGGAAAAACAACAGUUCAAGACUUGAUGGCUAAUGUAACUAGCUUACAAAAUUUGUUAACUGAAGCCGAUAAGAAAGUAAAGGAGAGUAACGAAAAUCUCAAUGCUCUUACUUCUAAGAUUAGCCUUGGCAACGUCACGUUAGAUGGGCUUAGAGUUAGCAUAGAUAACUUAAAAAGCAAGACUUCUGACUUAGGAAAUAACGCUACAAAAUUACAAGAAGCUAACCUAGAAGGCGCUCUUAACUUGACUCGAGAAGCUAAACAAAGAGCUGUAAAGGCCGCAGAUGACGCUGAAAAUGUACAAACUGUUAUUGCAAAUACUGAUCGACAAAUUAAAAACACCGAUCGACUUAUAGAAAUGCAAUAUGCAAACUUCAACAAUACUCAAAACGAAAAUGAUAAGAAACUGGACGAUAUUCGAGAUCAACUGUCACAGUUAGAGUCACAGAUACCAAAACUGAAUGAAAAAAUGUGUGGUCAAGAAAGUGACAGUUGUGAUAUUUGCGGUGGCGCUGGAUGCGGAACGUGCGGUGGUAUAUCUUGCGACCAAGGCGCUGUCACUAAAGCUGAACAAGCUUUAGAUUUUGCAAAUAAGACGGAACAUCGCAUCAAAGAACAUGAACUUACUGCUGAGGAUUUAUUCAAAGUUAUCUCUCAAGUUAAACAAGAUACUGUAGAUGUUAGGUCUCGAGCAAAAGACUUGUUCAGUAAAGCAUAUGACUUUAAAACAUCAGCUGAAAGAGUCACAAAUGAAAGUCAAGAUCUAACUACAGAAUUAAAGGAAUUCUUGUCGAAUACGUCUAAUACUCCGGCAGACGUCAGAACUUUGGCUAAUGAUAUCCUUAAUCUGUCUAUCAGUAUAGAGCCUAAGGAAAUAACAGAACUAUCCCAAAGAAUAAAUUCAUCGGUAUCACAGUUGACUAAUAUCGAAAACAUUAUUGCUGAAACUAAACCAGAUUUAGAAAAAGCAAAAGCCCUAAAAUUGAAUGCUACUGCUGUUAAUAAAGCGGCUAAUUUAACUUUGGAAAUGGCAAAUAAAGUAUUGGACGCUUUAGAUGAAGCUCAAGCGGCCCAAGAUGCAGCUGAAAAUGCUAUUGAUAAAGCAAAUAAUGACAUUGAAGCAGCUAAGAGUGACUUAGUUCCCAUAGCAACCGAAACAGAAGAAGCACAGAAACAAGCAAAUAAGACAAAAGAUGAAGUAGAAGGCCUUCGUUUAAGACUUUCCGAUUUACAAAAAGACAUACUGAAAAUAGAAAGUGAUGCCGAUCAAGUUAAAAUAGAAGCUAAUGAAGUUGUUAGUCGUGCUGAAGGCGCUGAGCAAUCAGCGCGACAGUUAAGACAGGAUUUCAAACAUACGAAUAUGUCACUCGCGGAACGUGCAAGUCAGACUUCAAAUUCAAGAGAACGAGCGCAAUUGUUACUUAAGCGUGCUACUAAGUUAGCUAGUGACACUCAAACGCAACUUAAACUUCUUGCUAAUAUGGAAGUCUUGUAUAACGAUCAUAAUGAGCAGUUGAAUACAUUAGAAAAGGAAAUUGGCGAGCUUAACACACAAAUGAACUUCUACCUAUCAGAAAUAACAAAACGAUCAGAUAACUAUAGGUCUUGCACAACGUAAAAUAAUCUACGAAAUUGGUCAGUAAUUUAAUAAUACCUAAAUAAAUGGAUAGGUAUCUUUUAAAUAUUUUCCACAUGUGCCAUAAUUCUGUAUUUUUUCAGUCUUAUUCAUUAUUCGUUAAAUGUAGUUUAACUACACCGUGUCAGUGUUUUAUUGCAAAACUAAGUGGGUUGUAACCAGACAUAAAAAUGUGUAUCUCAUUCGUAACAUUGUACUUAUGAAUCAAAAUAAGUUUUUUUGUCUUCAUUUUUUUUUUCUAAAAUCUUUGUAACCGUAAUUAAUUUUAUUAUUGUAUUCCCACAAAAAAUAUAAAAUGAUAUGUAUCUUAAGAAAGCCCACCACAAUUUGCCUAUUAUAAACAUUGUUAAACACAUAUUUUAAUUUUAGUUGACAUUAAAUUGAAUAUUUACAAGUGUACUACUUAUCAUAGUAUGAUUUCAGACUAAUAAGAUUCACCUAAGUUUGAUAAAUUAGUGUUACUGGAUUGUAAGUAUAAAAUAGAUUUUGUAUGAUUUAGACAAAUAUUCCAAAGAAUAACAUUAUAUCGUAUAUGGUGACAUAAUGUUGAUUUAUAUUAAAACAGAAGGAAAGUAGUUGUCUGCUGCUAUUUUUAAUUAUAGGUAAUUUAUGAGCAUUAUAUUUUGUUUUAUGCUGUUUUCCAUAAGUAUAUGUUCUGUGUGUAGUAAUAACUCUAUUGUUUAUUUUAACUAAUUGUUCUGCCAGAUUAGAUAACUAGCUAUUAUUUUAAUAUCGUAUGUAUUGUUAAAAUAAGUUGGGCACUGUGUAACCUUUAAAUACUAACUAAUAACGUACACUUACAUAUACUUUAUUCCACGAAACCUCUAUUUCAUUUCUAAUUUAGAUCCUAUGUAAUAAUUGACUAUUGUGUAAAAUAUUUAUAUUUCUACUGUUGACAUAUGGUAUGCAUUUAAAGUUUAUACUUUGUCCUUAAAAUGUAACAUCUAAUUGUCAGACUAAUUAUCUGAGACAUUGCAUUUAAAUAUUGAGAUUGUUUCUAUUAUUCCAUUUACUUAGUCAUAUUUUGAGGCAUGCAUUUGAGAUGCUAUUUUAUAUUUCCAUAAUGAAUGAUUUUGUAAUAUACAAGGCAUCAAUACUUAAUUGUUAAUAAAACAUUGCCAUAAA